AUGCGCUGCCGCGGCCUCCUGCUGCUCUGGCUGCUGCGCGGCGCGCUGGGCGCAGGACGCCCCCCCGGGACCCCGGCGCCGGGCGAGGGGCAGCGCCGAGACCGGGAGAGCGACGACGGGAGGCGCCUGGGCACGGAGCUGGGGGGGGGCGGCCUGGCCAUCGACACGCUGCCCCCCCGCGGCGCCCGCGUCGUGGAGGACGAUCACAGCUACUACGUGUCGCGGAGCUACGGGCCGGGCGACGCGGCCGCCCGCCGCCUCUGGGUGGACCUGGCCGCAGGCAACGGGAGCCAAGUGAAGAUCCACGGGAUCCUCUCCAACACGCACCGGCAGGCCUCGAGGGUCACCCUCUCCUUUGACUUCCCCUUCUACGGCCACCUCCUGCGGCAGGUCACCGUGGCCACGGGAGGUUUCAUCUUCACGGGGGACGUCGUGCACCGCAUGCUCACGGCCACGCAGUACGUGGCGCCGCUCAUGGCCAACUUCAACCCCAGCUACUCGCGCGACUCCACCGUGCGCUACUGGGACAACGGGACCGUUUUCGUGGUGCAGUGGGACAAGGUCUACCUGCAGGGCAAGGAGGACGUGGGCAGCUUCACCUUCCAGGCCGCCCUGCACCGCACCGGGAGGAUCGUGUUCGCUUACAAGGAGAUCCCCGUGCCGGUGCUGCGGAUCAGCGCCACGCAGCACCCCGUCAAGGCCGGCCUCUCCGACGCCUUCAUGAUCCUCAACCCGGCUCCCGACGUGCCCGAGUCCCGCCGCCGGACCAUCUACGAGUACCACCGCGUGGAGCUGGACGCCGGCAAGAUCGCCAGCCUGUCGGCCGUGGAGUUCACCCCGCUGCCCACUUGUCUGCAGCACGGGAGCUGCGAAACGUGCGAGCGCUCCGAGCUGGCCUUCAACUGCACCUGGUGCCACGUCCUGCAGAGAUGUUCCAGCGGGUUCGAUCGGUACCGGGAGGAGUGGCUGGCCUACGGCUGUGGCCAGAAGUCAGACGAGAAGACGUGCGAGGAUUUAGCAGAAGAUGACCGCUACUCGGCACCGCCUGACAGCUCUUUCUCGCCCUUCAGCGCGGAUGUCGCCACCUCCCCUUCCUCGCUUCUCGUCGGCAGCCUCACCACAGAAGAUGAUACAAAGCUCCAUCAGUAUGCAGCAGGCGAUGGUGCGGGAAGCAGCCUCAGCUCGAAGCAGGCAGGAACCCCCAUCCAUACAGGCACGAUUGUGGGGAUCGUGCUGGCCGCGCUGCUCAUUGCCACUAUUAUCCUUGCUGGGAUUUAUAUCAACAGCCAUCCCACGUCAAAUGCCGCCCUGUUCUUCAUUGAGCGAAGGCCACACCACUGGCCUGCCAUGAAAUUCCGGAAUCAGACCAGCCGUGCAACGUACUCCGAGGUGGAGCCCGGCGGGCACGAGAAGGAGGGCUUUGUAGAGGCAGAGCAGUGCUGAGCGCUUCCUCCCCUGCGUCCUCCACGUCCCGCCGCCCGAGCGCCGGAGUCCUCGGCUAUUCUCUUGCAAAGUCUUUCCCCUGUUGGAAAAGAAAGAACGACUGGAAGAAAAAGACCCCUCAGAGCAUCGAGAAGGAUGAGUGAGGGCAAGGUGAGGACGUCGCUUGCCUGGAUUGCUCAGGAGCCGGCAGAGCCUCAAGCAAAGGCAGCAAGUCGCGACCUCGGAUUCUGCCUGGAGUCUAGCACCAAAGCGCUGGAUGUGUCGGGAGAAGGGAAAUCUUACCCAUUUUAAGGACAAAGCCCUAUGGAAGAUUCACCUGCAGGUUAUCUGUUAACAAAUGGCUUUGAAGCGCUUUCCAGCAUCUAAUUAUGUUGCUAAAUUACUGACCAUGACCCUUAACCGAAAGGAGUCAGAGGGUGAAAAAUCUUAGAUUCCUUUGGCACCGCCACUAAUCCAGCAGGAACAGAGAAGCUUUCAACGAGAGGGGAUAGAGAUAGAGCACUAUCAAAAGCAGUGUUCUCCCAAGGCUUAAAUCCUGAAGUAAAUCCAAGCUCGUAUUUUAUGGGAAUUUCACAUAAAUAAAGAACGAAGGCAUACAAGCCAUGGUACAGUUCACAAUCUAAAAUAAAGUGAUAAAGUGACGUUAACAUCAUAGUGUUUAAAACUCACUGAAGUCAGUGGAUAUUUGAUGACCUCUAUAGUAGACUCCUGGUCCGGAUUGGUACUGAUAUGAUGAUUCCACGAUCCGAGCCUCCUUAAGGACUUCAAUGCUAGACCUCUCAGGGUUUUCUAUAAUCAGAAUUAAUGCCUAUGCUUCAGAAAGAUCCUCUCCUACUUCCAGAGACACUGGCUGGUGCAGGAUUGGGCCCUAAGCUGAGGAAAGUUUGUAUUAAACGAACAAAAACAUAGACAGUGUCCAAAGGCCAGCGUAAGGUCAGGUUUUCCUUCCCCCAGCAAAUCAAAAAUGGUGUGGGCUGUAUGGAUUUUUUUUUCUGUUCUUUUUUAAAUCCUUCUUGAUCCUCAGUUAUUUAUUCUCAUAUCAUGUUUGGUACGUGUUUUAUCCACAGGCUGGUUCAGCUGUCACUGAGGAUGAUUACUGCCAAAGGCAGGGUCUGUCUAAUUAAGGUUUUCCUUCUCAUCUGCUGAAUUUAUAUAGCGUUUGAAGAUAAAUAUGGAUGCUCCGUGGCAUUUAGGCCCCAGAUUAUACUUCCUCACACAUAGUCCAUAGGGAGACUUUGGCUGCAUCUUAUUAUGGCCUAAAGACACCAAAACACUCAAAGAGGGCAAGUCAGCCUGAGUUGUGCCAAGCUGCUGUGGCCCACACAGUCUCUCUUUGGAGAUAUUUUGAAGAUAAACAUUAUUCCUAAGUAAAGCUUUCAGCUGCCAGCUUGUUUCCUCCCCGUUUCCCUCAAGUAGGAUGAAUUCCAAAGCACCCUGCCAUUUAGUUUUUGCUUCAGAUCCAAUCUGCUUUGAAAGGGUUAUAAACUGGUGGGGAAGUUUCUCCCUAUUUAAAUGCUUUCAAAUAAUAGCCUUGGUUUGACUAUUAUUCUUAACGUUCCUAGCCAGGUUUUUAGGGUAUUUCUCCUCCCGUCUUACCCGCUGAAAAUACCAGUCAAGGUCCGUCAAUUGUGAAAUGCCAAGUUAAUAAAUUUGAUAGAGUUAAAUAAAAAUAAAGAGUAGACAGGCUCUUGUUUGGAUGUCUAGGAGAAGUUUUGUCCCCUUUCUACUGAAGGGUAGGGUGUGGGGAUGUCACCAGGCAGAGC